AUGACGCCUCGCAGCGACUUGAUCUACUUGAGUGAGAAGGACCUUCUGGGAACGCUCUACACUGGCUAUGGCGUCUACCGCAAUGGCACGGCCAUGAUGCACCUAUGUACUGGGAAGUUUCAACUCCUAGUGUUCAACUGCUGCCAACGCUCGCUUGGCGUUACGCAAGUCGAGCCACCGACCCCCUUCAAUUUUCAUCCCUCCCAUCGACUCGAACCCCUACGACAUAGGUGGUGGAUCCGUGGUGGAACAAUGCUAUCGAGAAUCAGAGCGUCUUCUGCGUCUUCUGUUACGACCGGGAGUCGAAGACAUAUGACCCGUCCCUUUGCUCGUAGCACGGUGGAUGAGAAGCUCAUCAUCAUGCAGAAGCGGAAGACAGCUGAGAUUGCCAAGAUUAUGGAGGAUGAUGGCAAGCCUUUGAACAAGCUGGGCAUGGGGAAUUUCUUGCGGGUACUUGGACCUGUCCGUGAGGCUAAGCAUGGAAGCCCCUUCCUCUUAGUGGACGAUCCUCAGAACAACGGCCGCGUCGGCCCAGAGUACGAAGACGAAGACCUCUAA